GUGAAUGGACAUUGAAGAGAGAGAGGGAAGCUCGACUUAAUAUAAAUAUAGAAAUAAGAAGCAGUUAGUGGUUGUGAAGAAAGGAGGCAAGCGACCAAAUAUUUGAAGAAGUAAUAGUAAAGAGAAGAGGUAAAAAACAAGAAGAGAGACCGUUGUUAGAUACAGAAGUUGAUCAAACAUGGGAAGAUCUCCUAGCUCAGAUGAAACUGGUCUGAAGAAAGGUCCAUGGUUGCCUGAAGAAGAUGAUAAACUGAUCAAUUAUAUUCACAAACAUGGCCAUAGCAGCUGGAGUGCCCUUCCCAAGCUCGCUGGUCUUAACAGGUGUGGGAAGAGUUGCAGGCUACGAUGGACAAACUAUUUGAGACCAGACAUUAAGCGAGGAAAAUUCUCUGCGGAGGAAGAAGAGACCAUCCUGAACCUUCAUGCGGUUCUAGGCAACAAGUGGUCAAUGAUUGCAAGCCACUUACCUGGACGAACUGACAAUGAGAUCAAGAAUUUCUGGAAUACUCAUUUGAAGAAAAAGCUGAUUCAGAUGGGUUUUGACCCCAUGACCCAUCAGCCAAGAACCGAUGAUAUCUUCUCAAGUUUAUCUCAGCUCAUGUCUCUGUCUAACCUAAGAGGACUUGUUGAUCUGCAGCAACAGUUUCCAAUGGAAGACCAAGCGCUACUUAAUCUCCAAACUGAGAUGGCUAAGCUCCAAUUGUUCCAAUACCUUCUUCAACCUUCUCCUGCUCCCAUGAGUAUCAACAACAUUAACCCUAACAUUCUCAAUCUCCUCAUCAAAGAAAACUCCGUUACCAGUAAUAUCGACCUCGGUUUCCUCUCCUCUCAUCUUCAAGACUUCAACAACAACAACCUCCCUUCCCUCAAAACCCUAGACGAUAAUCACUUCAGUCAAAACACUUCUCCAAUAUGGCUCCAUGAACCACCGAGCUUGAACCAAACUAUGUUGCCUACGCAUGAUCCUUGUGCUCAGAGUGUAGAUGGUUUCGGCAGCAACCAAGCCUCCUCAAGCCAUGAUCAAGAAGUAGCAGUCACAGACUCUGUAGAUUGGCCUGAUCAUCAUCUAUUUGAUGAUUCCAUGUUUCCAGACAUUUCUUAUCAAUCUUAAGGUAUGUAUGUAUGUAUAUGUUUCACAAGAAGUUGACUGGAUUUGUUUGGUGUCGCUCUGCAUGUGGUUCUAUAUCUAUAUACGAUGAUUCAUGAUGUGUGAUAAUGUCUUAGAAUGUAGUACAUGUGUUCUUAUGUAUUUCUCAUACAUGUUAUUUGUGUUCUUAUAGAACAUUUUAUAUGUUUGAAUGUAUCUUCAUUACCUUAGUAUGUAGAGAGACCAAUCAACGAUUGUUCAGAUAAUC